ACACAUCCUGAGUGCAUCAUCAUGCUGGCGAUCGAACACGAGCAUGAGAAAUGCCUGGCGGACUCCGGCCUGGACAAUCAGACAGUAGGUUGCGGAAGGAUGUGGGACAACAUAACCUGCUGGCCCUCAGCAGCAGUGGGAGAAGUUGUGGUGAUCCCAUGCCCAACAUAUUUUAUCUUCUUCUCCAGUUCUCUGGGUAAUGUGACCAGGAACUGCACAAGCCAAGGCUGGGCAGACAUGUAUCCUGCCCCCUAUGCAGCAGCUUGUGGGUACGAUACCAACAGCACUCCAAUAGAAGAGACGACGUUCUAUGGCACAGUGAAGACCGGUUACACCAUUGGACAUAGUUUAUCUCUCAUUGCUCUCACUGCUGCUAUGAUCAUUUUGUGCCUCUUCAGAAAACUGCACUGCACUCGAAAUUACAUCCACAUGCAUCUCUUCAUGUCUUUCAUCAUGAGAGCCAUUGCAGUCUUCAUAAAGGACGUCAUCCUCUUUGAGAGCGGCGAGUCUGACCACUGCUCUACGAGUUCAGUGGGCUGCAAGGCCGCAAUGGUUUUCUUUCAGUACUGCAUCAUGGCCAACUUCUUCUGGCUGCUGGUGGAAGGCUUGUACCUACACACCCUUCUGGUCGUCUCUUUCUUCUCAGAGAGGAAGUACUUCUGGUGGUAUAUCCUGAUUGGUUGGGGUGCACCAUCGGUUUUCAUCACAGCCUGGACUCUCAUCAAGGUUCACUAUGAGAACAUCGGGUGUUGGGAGGACAUUGGCGAGUCCCGGUACUGGUUGAUCAUCAGAGCUCCUAUUGCGGUUUCUAUUUUGGUGAACUUCAUCCUCUUCAUUUGUAUUAUCCGGAUCCUGUUCCAGAAGCUGCAUUCCCCAGAUGUCGGGCGCAAUGAAACCAGCCAGUACUCGAGACUGGCUAAGUCCACCCUGCUGCUGAUCCCGCUCUUUGGCGUCCACUACAUCGUGUUCGCCUUCUUCCCCGACAACUUCAAAAUGGAGAUAAAGCUCGUCUUCGAGCUCGUGCUCGGCUCCUUCCAGGGCUUUGUGGGGGCCGUUCUAUACUGUUUCCUCAACGGGGAGGUCCAAGCUGAGCUGAAGCGGAAGUGGCGCAGGUGGCACCUGGAGAGGUUCCUGGGCUCUGACAUGAAAUACCACCACCCGUCCGUUGGGAGCAAUGGUACCAACUUCAGCACUCAGAUCUCCAUGCUCACCAAGUACUCGCCUAAGACUCGCAGGUGCUCCAGCUUCCAAGCGGACUUCUCUCUGGUCUGAGGGGGAGAAACGCCCCAGCACGGAACACUUGAGAGAGAGAAACCAGCCAGGAAUUUGUUUAAAGCUGAAGAGUUGUUUUUAAAAAAGACGCUCCCCAUGAGUCAAACAAAGGGCAUGAAACUGGAAAAGCCGCUGACGUCCUGAACGAGAAGAGACAAGUCAGGACACAGAGAUCUUUUUUCCUUCUUUCCAGACCUUUAACUACAGGCUCGUCCCUGGGCAAUGGAGAAAUUCACAAACUGACUAUUAAACUUGUGCACAACUCCAGCUUGCCUGGGGAGGGCCUAGGCGAUUCUGAAAGGCUCGUGAAUAGGGGGCAGGGGAUAAUUAAUGGCUUCACCUGAGCCAGCUUCUCGGAAACAGGUAGAAACGAUGCACUUUUUAAAAUGAGCCAAUGAGAAAAAACCCAUGCUUUUAAUGUGCCAAGAGUCCGAUCGGUAAGGGACAGCAGUGAGACGAGGAAGGACCUAGAAGCAGGGGACACAUUGUAGUAGGGUGCAGAGUUGUGCGCAUCCAGAUGCGUUUCACAUUGCUACAAAGAAGCUGAAAGACCAGAACGUCAUCUCAUCGGCUCCGGAACCAGAGUGGAAUCUGCAACUCGCCAAUCUGUAUUGCCCUCGUUAAUAAAAGCUUUCAGAGUACCUCCACCGGCGACGAUGCCUCCGAAAUGUAGCUUGCUGAGGAGCUAAAAUGUAAACGCCCUUUUCUGCACUAUACUCAUUAUGUUUUUUUUUAAAACAGGAUAUAAUAGACUUGCAUGACUAAUGUAUAUAAACAAGGUACAGGUGCCAAUUCAGUUGCAUGGCUGUGUUUUCCACAA